CUGCGGCUUUAGCUACGGGUAGCGGUGUUGGAGGAGGUACGGCAGGCAGUGGCAUGGCCUCAACAUCGUCCGCAAAGCUGGAACAUCUCAACUCGAUGCGUGAGGCGCUGUUCGCCCAAGAUGGUUGGGGCUGUCAGCAUGUCAAUCAGGACACACAGUGGGAUGUGCCGAUAUCCCCAGAACCAAGCACGAAACCCGAUCCUUCGCUAAAGGCUACCGUCAAUAAUGGUACCGAACUGUGGGAAACAAAUCUUCGCAACGGUGGACAACCUCCAGUGCAGGCACCUUCUCAGAAAACUCCCUGGGGACCGCAGAGUCAUCACGGUGGAACUUGGGGAGUUGAUGAUGAGAGUAGCGGCGAGGCUAGCAAUGUUUGGACUGGAACUCCCGGUGCACCUGGAGGCGGUGGUAUUGUUGCUAGUGCUCUUGCUGGAGCUGGUGGACCACCGCCAGUGGUUGGCGGAAAUCCUGCUGGACUUGUCGGAGGACAAGUGGGAGCUGGUGGCGGAUGGCAGCAGGGAGCAAACGUAGGUGCAGGAGGAGUUGGUGGAGGUGCUGGAGGUUCUGUUGGCGGUGGUAAUGGUAUGUGGCAAGCGGCAACAGGUCUUCCUGGCAGUGCUGGAAUUGCUCCACCGAAGAAGAGUGACAAUGAUUGGAGCAGUGCUGCUGCUGUUGGUAUUGGAGCGGCAGGAGGCGGAAACGGAAGUUGGGGUGAAACACGUGGAAGUGUCGGUGCUGGUGCAGUUGGUGCAACUGGCCCGAACCCCGGUGUUCCACCACAUCUUGCUUCUCAGCUCGAUGGAUUACCGAACGUGGAUAUUCGAAGCAUGCGUCCUCCGGGUGCAGGUGGUAUGGACCAGAACCGUGAAUUCCGUGGUGAUCCUCGGGGAAUCUCUGGACGUCUAAGUGGAUCUACAUCGGGCAUGCUGGAGCAUUAUCCUUUGGGCAAAAUGCCACCUCCGGGCGCUAUGUCCUCGGCAUCGUCAGCUGUGGGUGCUGGUAACAGUCAGUGGCCGCUGGGUGGUGGUGGAGGUGUAGGAGCUGGUGGAGGACCGGUUGGUGGUGGUGGAGUUCAAUCCAGCAUGGCUCCAACGAAGACGGUUUCCGGUGGCUGGGAUGAUAACUCUCCGCCGGCGGUGCGUCGCAAUCCUAAUCUUGAUGAUGGCACGGCUCUGUGGGCAGCUGGAGGACCUCCUGGAGGUCCCGGUGGUAGAUCUAAUUCUGGUGUUCCCGAUAGUCAAAUAGUUGGACGCGGUGGACGCAACGGUCCGUUGAGCGGAUUGAAUGCUGGCCCUAUUGGUGGUGGUGUAGGUUCAUCCGGUGGUCCUGGAGGGUUGGGUGGUCCGAGGAUGGUUGGUUCCGGCGGGCCUGGUGGUAACCCUCUGAAAACUGAUAACAGUAACAUGUGGAUGGGUGGACAUGGAGGAGGAGGAGGAGGAGGCGCUGGCGGCUCUCGAAACGGUUCUUGGGAUGAUCCUACAAUUGGUGGAUCAUCCGGUGGAAACAAUUGGGACGAUAAAUCGGCUAUCGGAGCUAGCGGACCACUGGGUGGAAGUGCUUCAUGGAUGGAUGGUCCAGGGACUGCCGCUCCCGGUGCAGGAAUGCCGGGUGCGGGAAAUCAGUCUUGGAAUGCGAACAAAAAACCUCUGGGUGCAGCUGGUGGUGGAGGCGUGUGGCCAGAUGCUUCUUCGAGUGCUGAUUUGAUGGGCAAUGACUGGAAUGUUGGUGGUCCUGGUAUUGGAGGGGGUAAAAUGGCCAAUAAACCUCCUCAUGGACCAUUGGAAAUUAUUCGAAGCAGCAAGCAAUAUCGGAUUUUGUGCGAGAUGGGCUACAAGAAGGAAGACGUCGAAUUCGCACUACGAGCCGCCAAUAUGGUGCUUGAGGAAGCUGUCGAUUUGCUGCAACGAAACGGGUCUCUACCGAAUGUAGCCGGUAUGGGUAACGCUCCAUCAGGAGGAGACUGGAGAAGAGAUGACGCACACGCGCAGCUUGGUGGAGGCGCAGGAGGUGGCAAUAUUGGUAGUGGUAGUGGUGGAUUUGAGCCAGUUUUUGGCAAUCGUUACUUGGGAAGCGGUGCAGGAGGAGCUGGCAAUGGCGGAGCAGGUGGAAAUGGGCAUUCUUUGCAUUUUCAACAGGGUAAUCAGAAUGGCAUGCCUGGCAGUGGAGCUGGUGGCAUGGGCGGAACAGGUGGAAAUCCAAAUCUGUCCGGUUUGCAUGGUCUUUCCUCCAAGUCUCUUGGUAGCUACCUAAAUCAGGCUCCUCCGCCCAUGGGUGGUUUGGGAGGGCAGGGAGGCUCCAUGACUCCAUUCAAUCAAGGUGGAGGAGCUGGAAAUAAUGCAGUUGGUGGAGGCGCUGGUGGAGGUGGUGGUUCUGGUGGUGGACAGAACUCAGUCCAACCGACCACACAACUACGCUCGCUCGUUCAACAGAUUCAGAUGGCGGUACAGACCGGGUACCUGAAUCCACAGAUUCUCAACCAACCGCUGGCUCCACAAACGUUUCUGCUGUUGAAUCAGUUGCUGAGUAGCAUUAAGCAAUUACAAGUUACCCAGAGCAAUCUGCAGCGUGGAGGCGCCGGUUCCAAUAAUCAAAUAGCGAUGAUCUCCAAGAUUAAGCAGCAGAUAGCCAGUUUGCAGAAUCAAAUAGCUACCCAGCAGACGCUAUACGUUAAGCAACAGCAGCAGCAGCAACAGCAGCAACAGCAGCAGCAGCAACAGCAGCAACAACAGCAGCAACAUCCACACCAACAACACCAGCAUCAGCAACAUCAGCAGCAACAACAACAGCAGCAUCAGCAACACCAGCAACAACAUCAUCAGCAUUCCUCCCUUGGCAAUCCAUCGUCCCAUCUGGGCGGUGGUCAUCUCGGUGGCAAUUUUCAUCGCAAUGAUCCUAACGAGCUAAGCGCACUGCAGAACAGUCUGUCGGAAAUGACGCUGGGCAAAGAGCACAAUGGUCCUUAUCUGUCCGGACCACCGGUAAGCGGUGGUGGAAGUGGUGCUGGAACAGGUGGAGCCGGCCCAACCAGUCAGCAGUCACGCUUGAAUCAGUGGAAGUUACCAUCGAUGAUGGAUAAGGAUAACAAUCACGAAUUGACUGAUUUUUCGCGCGCUCCUGGAUCGACGGCCAAAUCGGUUGGACUCGGUGGUAAUGGUAACGGAGGCUCCGGUGGAAUGGGUGGACUGGGUGGAUUGCAAAGUGACGGUACCUGGUCAUCGGGACGCGCUGGCAUGACGGAUGGCUGGCCAGAUAAUGCAUCGUCCGAUCUGACCGGCAAGGAUUGGCCCUCGAAUCAAGAUUCAUUCUCCGAUUUGGUACCGGAAUUCGAACCCGGAAAGCCGUGGAAGGGCACUCAGAUGAAGAUUGAGGAAGAUCCAACCAUCACUCCCGGUAGUAUUGCUCGCAGUCCUAUCGCGUCGAUUUCGGUCGGUUCGGCGAAGGAUUCGGAACUAUUUGCAUCAAGCAACAAACCAUCCCCGACGGACUCGAUUAGUCUUUCGUCAUCGACUUGGAGCUUCAACGCGAGCAGCAACAAUUACUCAUCGUCGUCCGGUGCUGGUGGUGGUAUGAGUAAGCUCGGAGGUCCGUCUAAGAACACCUGGUCGGAUAGUGGCGUCACCGGCGCUGGUUCUGAUGUUUGGGGUGGUGGACUUAGUGGAUCUGGAGGGCCUACGGCAAACAGUGCGACCAAAACGCCACGUGGCCCACCUCCAGGGCUAUCCUCUGGAAAGGCAACAGGUGGUGCUGGAGCAGGCGGUGGUCCGGGAAGUAACGGAUGGAUCCAAAGAACGGGUCACGGACAGGGUGGCAAUUGGUCGGGUGGUGGUGGAGCAGCUGGAACCUGGUAUUCGACGUGGUUGUUGUUGAAGAAUCUAACCGCCCAGAUCGAUGGAUCAACCUUGCGCACACUUUGCAUGCAACAUGGUCCGCUGCAAAACUUCCAUCUUUAUCUGAACCACGGCAUUGCGCUCUGUAAAUACUUAACCCGCGAGGAAGCGAACAAAGCUCAGCUGGCACUGAAUAAUUGUGUGCUAGGAAAUACAACGAUCUGUGCCGAAUCACCCACCGACAGCGAGGUGCAGACGAUUCUACAGCACUUGGGACUCCCGGGACAGAAUGGAGGAAGUGUAGGUGGAGGUGGUAGUGGCGGUAGCACUGGAGGUCAAAACAACAGCACGGGCAGUGUUACGGGUGGUAUUGGCAAUUCAAAUAUGGCACAAACAUGGCGCUCAAACGGUCCCAUCACUGGACGUGUCACUGAUACCUGGGGCCCGUCAUGGUCUUCUUCUACCGGUGGCGGUAAUCUAUGGACCCCGUUAGAUGGUCCAACUGAACGGGGCACACCAUCGAACUUGAACUCAUUCCUUCCGGAGAAUUUACUCGUUGGCGAGCUUAACUGAACUGUGACCAUCUUGCAACACCAGCA